CAAAAGAAUCACAAAAGUUACUGUUGUCAAUUGUCAAAAGUUAGACAUUUGAUUAAAAAAGGACUUGUUACCUAAUAGCCGAGUAAUUCUCCUCAAUAUGUCUUUGGGAUUUGUUCAAAGACGUUUCAUGAGCAGCGCCCUUCAAAAAUGGGCCUACAGCAUCUCUGGGUUUAAUAAAUUGGGGCUCAUGAGAGACGACUGUUUGGAUGAAACUGCCGAUGUUAAGGAAGCUCUUCGUAGAUUGCCACAGCAUGAAGUAGAUGCUCGCAAUUACCGCAUCCUUAGAGCUGUUCAAUUAUCCAUUCAGAAAGACAUCCUACCAAAAGAUCAGUGGACUAAACUAGAAGAAGACCGUCUUUACUUGACACCAAUUGUAGAGCAAGUAGUCAAAGAGAGAGAAGAACGCGAAGAAUGGGAGAAAAAUUAUUAAUUGAUUGGUGUUUAGUAGUUGUAAAUUGUAAAAAAUAAAUUAUUAAAAGAAA